GGAGGAUGAUGAUGAUCUGGUUUACCUGCUGUGGAUGUUGUAGUGGGCCUGGAGAAGCACUACCUGACCAAGGUGGACGACAUCCUUGACCACCUGCAGGACCUCAUCUUUAUCAUACUCAGGAAUGGUGGUGACCCGAACAUGCUGGAUGAGAACCAACUUACACCUCUUCACCGUGCAGUCAUUAUGACCUGUGAUGUUCAACUCAUACGCCUUCUGUGUGACAACGGAUCGAAUGUAAAUGCUGUAGAUCUCCAUGGCAAUACCCCACUUCUGGCCAUGUGUGAUACAAGCCUUUCCCAGAUGUACAUGUCCGCUGAUGAAGACAUCCUGCCCCCAACAGAGGAGGAUGAUGUUCCCAGUACCUGCAACCUCAGUAACUCCCCUAACAGGAGAGAAUGCCUCGGCUACUUCUUGUCCAGGGAGGAUGUGCAGAUUAAUGCCCAGAAUAACCAUGGCCAGACAGCACUGUUCCACUUCUUUGCCAACGGUGAUAUGACAGGUAGUCUGUCAUUGCUGUCUAAGGGAGCUGACCCAUCAAUACGAGGCACUGUGUGGGAAGCACAUCGCAAGAAGAGACUGGUUUCACCUCUGUUCACCAGUUUCUUGUGGUCGGGCAUAACUGGUGCUGUACCUCGGGAGGUGGCCCACGUAGUGGACAAAGGUUACUUCUCCAGGCCUGAGAUAGCAAGUGAACUGCAGGAAUACCUAGAGGAAGACUUUCCCCAGUUCAGCCACCUGUACCCCUACACAGCGCGCCUCAUCCCACUGAUGUUUGGUGGUGUGACAUCUACCCUGUCCCAGGCUGCAGCACGGGUCAUCUUCCAGCAGUGUCUGCUGGCUAACACACGAUGUAUACAACGAAUCCUGCCUGUAGCAGCCAUCCAGAACAGCUUCGAUUCUGAGGAGUUGCAGAACUUGGACUUGUAUGGUGACUAUGUGACUAUGGUCCUCAACAGGACAGUUGUGCGUAGCUUGGUACAGCUGUUGGGACUUCCAGCAAACUCUUUGCUGAACUUUGAGGUGGAGCUCCUUCUGCAUCAGAUGGCUGUUCACUUUGCCAGGUUCAAGCUGCGCCGACCCAAUCUAGCCCUGUCUGAUGAAGAUUACACGGACAGUGAUGACUCCAUUGAUACAGAGGAAGGAGACUCUGAUCUGGAGUACUGGUAGAGUAACCUUAUGUCCUUUAGUACAGCAGGGGCGAUGGGGUAGCCUAGUGGUUAAAGUGUUUGCUUGUCAUGCCAAAGACCCAGGUUCGAUUCCAUACAUGGGUACAAUGUGGAAAGCCCAUUUCUAGUGUCCCCUCUCAUGAUAUUGCAGGAAUGUUGCUGAGAGGGGCGUAAUACUAAAAAAGAAUGACCUUGUGUUGGAGUACUGCUAGAAUUACCUUGUGUUCUUAAAUACAGCAAGUCUGGAGUACUGCUAGAAUUAGCUUGUGUUCUUUAGUACAGCAUGUCUGGAGUACUGCUAGAAUUACCUUGUGUUCUUCAAUAUGGUAG